AUGAGUGGGGGCAGCAGAAGGUCGAUCAACUCGGCAGAUCUCAACUCCAACACACAUCAACCCCCCAUCCUCACCUUAUCCGUCCUCGGAUUAAGUGGGACCGAUUCACAAAAAGGAGCCGUCGGAGUGGGGAAGUCGGUCUUCUGUAAUCGACUGGUCAGACCUCAUUACAAUGACUUCAACACUGAACAUGUCUGCUACUUGUCUCAGGCAAGUUUGUCAAUUUGAAAUCACACUUUUUAUUCACGAGAAACUCGUUAAAAUCAGAGCUGUGAAGCAUAAUUAAAAUAAUUUUAGGCUGAUUUCAACUGUUCGACGGUGAUAAAUGGAGAUCAUUGGCUCUAUUGGGGCGAGGUUGACUUGGAUCGAAGCGAUUACGCUGGUCCCAGCACUCGGAUUCGAGUAAUCGAACAAACAACUUUUCUAAGUGACGAAACCUUUGAACCGCAUCCCUCAAGGACACCUGAUUAUUGUCGCAGGGCAAUCAAAACAGAGCUGGAAUCCAAAGGAAAGCUCAUGUACAUAUGCAGAGUAGGUUCUUUUCGCAUUUUUAUUUAUUUUUGAACAUAAUUUGCUUCUGUUGACAUUUUGUUUACAAAAAAUCGAUCUUGACAUUUAGUAACAACUAAAUAAAAAUUAUUUAUUUUUAUUUUUAUUCCAGGAUCAAUUGGGACAAGAGUCGGACUUUGUAUGCCAUGAACUGCAAUUUGGAAAGACGAAAGUGGACGCCUUUGCUGUAUUAUACGAUGUAUCGAAGGUGGAUGAGAGAAUGCCCGCUUAUCAGACGGAAAAGGUGGUCGAGCUAUUGAAUGGAUGUCUAAAAACAAAGAAGCCGGUAUUUCUAUUGGCUUCCAAAUGUGAUCGGCAGGACUUGACGGGAAUGGCAGAGUUCAGAAAGUUAUGUUACAGGAAAGACUUCUCUAAGAUGAACAACUUCCAUUGGGUGAGCGCUUGCUUAUUUUAAGAUGUUACUCUUCCAAGUAAGCUUUGAUUGAACGAAUAUUUAGGCGGAGAUCAGUGCUUUUGAAAACGUAAAUGUGGCGGAUUUCCUUUAUCUCCUUGCUCAAACCGUGGACAAGGUCAAGAACAAGAUCAACAUGCCCUCCUAUGCUGAAUCAGAACGCCUGAGGGCAAGACGCCUCGCGGUUGUCCGGUAGGUUUAUGUGUUUUGAAUUGGGUUUCAUUCAUCAACGCAGCGGGACAUAGCUAUCCUUUUCAAUCUCGCUGAUUUUGGUAGUUUUCGGAGCAAUUUCUGACAUCCGGAGACUUUUUAUUUCAUCCUCGAAGAAAGAAGAGGGAAAGUGAAAAAAGAAAGUUUUUGUUACUCACAAAAUAAUUGGAUAGAGGGCGAAGAGCAUACGACUUCAUGGAUAAAUAAAUCAAAUUAAUUAUCGGUUUUAGACAGUCAAGUCUAAAGCGUUAACCAUCAUCUUUCAAUUACUUCUAAUUUUUGCAGUGCCGAAUUCGCGGAGCUUCUUCACCAACAGGUCCCUCGAGAAGAAUUCCCCUCACAGCAAGGCCAACUCAGCUGGGAGAUUCUCUUAACCGACUUUGGAGUUAACUGUCAUCCAGCGUAUGUUUCAUAUGUCGCUGAAUUUGGUGCCAGAUCAGCUGCAGCCCAGUUUGAAGAACAUUGUCGUGCACUGAGGGAAUGGUGGUUGGAACGGGAGCUAAAUGAACGUCUUCCAGUGCUGAGGGAUGUGUUGAGACGUAUGUUCGGACGGUCCUUUCUCUGCCAGACUAACUGGGAACAGCUGAGGAUUGAGCUGCAGGCCCAUCCACACUUUCCCACUUACUUCCAACCAUUUGGCCGCAGCAUUGGUAAGAUUAAUGUCUGGGUGUUGCUUUGUUGCUUUCACACUUAUAGUGCCCGACAAUUAAAAGUGAAAUCUCAAUUCUGAGCCCGAUAUUGCCCUCAGGCACAAUUGUUCCCUCAGGUCUCUUUGGUAGCUAACACCAAUGCAGGAUGCCGAGUUUCAUGUCUUUGCACUUUAAAUGCACUAUGCAAGGGGCGUUUAAUAUUUUUUAUUGCGACAAUUAAGAGUGAAGUUUUUAAUCUUUGGAUUUUCCUGACCUUUUGCGAAAUCUGUUGGGACGGAAACCGUCAAGAAACAUUGUCACAGUUACAGUGAAGCGUCCUAGACACAAUUUACGAAAAUUGUCCGAGUUUUAAUAUAUCAUUUCUCGGCAUCAAGGCCCGGCGCUUUUGUGCCACAAAGCGGGGCCGAAAGACACUAUGUUUCAUAAGAAGUAUAUCAGGGCAAUAUCGGGCUCUGAAUCAAGACUUCAUGAAGUUGAAUUCACUUUUAAUUGUCGGGCACUAAACGUAUUUAAAUAUAAUUUCGUUUCUUUGCUUGGGGCUAACACUUAUUCAAAAGCAUUACAUUGCACUUUAGAUCGGUACACUCGAAAGGGAGACGCCGAUGACCGAAUUCCAAGCGAGGUCCUUCAAAAGCCUGAAGCCAGAGAUCUGUUUCAAGAAUAUCAGCGGGAACUUCUGGAUGAAAUAGCCCUUGAAAGACAGGCCGAUAAGUUCAGGAGAUUACUGGAGAACAAAGAUGCUGUGACUCCCGGGAGAUCCUUUUCCGACGCUAAAGUAAUGUGUCAUGAGAUAACCGAAUUUGAGACUGCAUUACCUCCAGAAAACGCUCGAUAUAUCUAUGAGGAUUAUCAGGUAAUUGUACUUUCCAAUGAACGAUUUUCAUUGUUUUCAGAGACUAAUUUAUCUUGUUUUAGAAGGAACUCAAAAAGAAAGCUCAGAGAGAUUUCAACGAACUCUUACUCGAGAAUGUGAGUACUUUCGUCGAUCUAAUAGUAGAGUGGAGAUCGAGACAAGUCCAAGACCCCAACAGAAUCAAUUGUCUGAGUGAAAGGGAGUUCAAUAUUAUUUGUAGUUCAUUGAUCGAAGAUAAAAGGUGAGUGAGUUAUAAUGGGCUUCCGAAUAUGCUCAAUGACAGGUACCGGGAUAUGAGUGGAUUGGCCGACAAACGGCGAGAAUUGAUCUCCAAGAUGGCCAACUUUGUUUCAAUGCCAUUGACUUGCUUCUGUUUGGCGGGAGAAAAAUGUGCUGACGUUGUUAUUGCUCAGAUGGUGGCUGAUAUUCGGUAUGAGGUUUUUACUUUAAGAGGCUUAAUUUUCAUUGGUUAGAUGUUAUGCGCGGUAUUUUAGAUACGAUGCCAAUGCUUUCUGUUCGAUCGAAGCGGACCUUUUUGGGGAAUCUGAAUUGGUGAACAAGUUUAUGUGGGCUCUGAAUUCAGUUCUUUCUUCCGAUAAAUUAUAUCACCACAAUGAUAGCGUCGCCAAGAUCAACGUCCAUCCAGCCAAUCGCCGUCAUGCCCGCACAAACAAUCGUGUCCGGACCCCCAUUUGUCUGAUAGAUUCGGCCAAGACUUGUCAUCAAUUGUUGGAUGAAUCCAGCGAUCUUUUUAAGACUGGCCCCAGUCCUUUAUUUGUGCUGAUUCCAAACAAAAUGAACAGUGAUAUCUCCGAAAGUUUGGAGAUAAUGGGAACACAACUGGCCGAUCGUUUUGAUGGAAUUUAUAUUGGAAUAAAGGGUGUUGAAGAAGAGGACGUUAUGAACAAUGAUUUGGAUCGAAGUCGACUGGAGUAAGUUGCUUGAAUUUUUGGUUUUAUUCUUUUAGCUCGAAUCAAUUGGAUCAAGUUUUGCACGAAAUUUGCACAGGCCAGAUGGGCACCAACUAUUCAGAUCUUAAAGUGCGGAUAUCCUUCCUUUGUGACGAUCCGUUAUCAAUACAACAAGUACUAACACCGUUACUGGAUCAAGUUGUUCAAACUGAUGAUUCGGGUAUGUUGAUAAGUUACAAAUUUAAUAACAACUUUCGGGUUUUCCCUUAUGUAUAAUAAUGUUUAGGUGGGUGUUUUUGUGUGGACGUCUCCCUGUCGUCCGAACCGCUGAAUGCGCGAGUUGGCCUUCAAUGUGGAUCAUAUCAUCAUUGGCUACUCUCGAAAUGGCAAUUGAAUGCUUUCAAUGGUCACAUAUUAGUUUAUUCGCCAAACAGAAUGGCUUCGUGGAGACAUGCCGAAGCAUCGGUUCAACUACUUUUGGAUGCGGCUUCCUUCUCCAUACCCUCGCCAUCAAAUAUUUUGGAAAGGCAGAACAUGGCCAGAAGUAUAAUGCUGAUCGCUGUCGACGAACCAAGCAGUUACUUUAAGGAUAAGGUGAGUAUUGGUUUGACAUAAAAUUUGUUUAUUUUGUAUACAUGGUAUAAAUUUCGUUUUCCACUUCAGGAUUCCAGCCAUCUCCUGACAGAAGGCGCUCAACUCGCUGAGAAGAUUGGAUGUAAAUUUAUGGCCAUCUCCUCGUCGAUGCCUCGAACUGCCCAAUUUCAGUUCUACAACACUUUCUUCUCACAAAUUAUGCACCUUCCGCCCUUCCCCGACAUCACCUAUACCGUGUGCUCCCAGAAUCCAUCUUUGUUUGUCAGCAAAAGGUAGAUCGUAGUCAUUGAAAAUUUAUGACCUUGAGGGCUUUUCCUUUCUUUCGGGGUUUAGAACCCUGGAUAAUCGCCGGAAAUGGAUUUUCUUGAUAUCUUGUGGCUGUGUGGCUCGAUUGUGUCUUUCCACCUAUAUUCUAAAGGGGGGGCUGACCCGGAGGGCUUGGUUGCGUGGCGUUUCCUUUCCGGCCAAGGGGAGGCUGGGGCUUGUCCAGAAACCUCUCACGCCCCGAACAGCUGGGAUUGCCAAAAGCGGGGUUAUGGCCGUUUUGGCCCCGACCCCGCUCCUCCGAAAACACAUUCCAUUUUUCGUUUUAUAUUCACUUCAAUGGCAUUAUAAGGAAGGAGGCCAAAUCAAGACGUUUUUUAAGACCGGAAUAUUUUCUUUUCUCCGCGUCUUCGGCUUCAUAAUUCCGCGUCGUCGUGUCAUGCCCUAAAGCUGGCUUCGGAGUCUUUUGUGUGCGUGAUUUGGUCUUCUUCUCUCGAACCGAGGCGGGUUUAACAUUAUACAACUAAACGUUAAUGCCUUGCCAAUCUUGUUCUAUCCUAUGAUUACUAUCACUGAUAUUUUUAAAAGAUUUUUAUUUGGAAACCCAAAAUCUGACGUCGUUUUGGUGUCACAUGUGCUGCUGUCAGUAUGGCGUUUUGGGAGCUUCUUUUCUUUACCUGCUUCCGGAACGAGUUUUUUCCCCUAAUUUAGAGAUUAUGGGGAUCAUUGGGACGUGGGAGGAGCCGGAAUUGGUCACCUAUCAUCGAGCAUUUUACGAUGCUGUAAAUGUUUGUUCUAACCUCCGUUUCUUCAAAAAUGUGGCUUAUUUAUUAUGCCAAGCUGGUUAUUUUUCUGCCACAUUAUGCCUAUUGUUCUUACCUCGGGACAUUUCUCUACGAGCAGGUGUUUCUGGAUGUUGAUAGUUUGCAUUGCUAGUGGAAUCAGACUCUCCGGAGUAAGUGGUAUGGCCCGGGCUUUGGCCGUGUCCACCAUCCUCGAGACACACGCAUUUCCGGGCCCUUGAUUAUUUAUUCGCUAAACAUUUGUUCGGAAGUUUUAAAUUAAAAUUUUUUGCGGUUGUCUCGGGAACGGUGCGCGACUCGCGGCAUAAAAUACUCGGGGCCAAUUGCUAAUUCCGCGCCCCAGUGACCAGUGAAAGUAAUUUCCCCGCUUCCGGCAAACCAUUAAAAUUUAGGGGCCUUUAAUUACGGGGGUGAAGAUUGGACACAAUGUCGUCGGAAGCCAUCUAUUUUUUUUGAGGUGCCCUUACGUAUAUGUUGUGUAUACAUAUACAUUACAUAUGGGGGAAAGUAAUUAGUACCACGCGCUGCGUCAGAAUUGACAAUUGUGUCACGAUUCCCUUCUCGCAUUGUGCUCUCGGUUUGCUGACGCUGCUGACAUCAAGGCCUGAAGGCGUUGUUCCGGCAGUUAAGCGUGCGCCGAGAUCCGGCCGGCUUUUGCCCUUAGGCAUUGCGGUUUAAGGGCCACUUUGUUCCUUUUUCUGGACGAUCCUGGCGUUUUCUCGGAGACUGCGCGAGAGGGGAUGUCUCUUUUCGGGAUGGAGGCGGACAAAGUCAGCCCCUGAGGCAGGCCAGUCAGUCUUUCCCACCGACCUGUCUCUUUUCGUGUUUUCGCGCGAGUUCGGACCAUGACUUGGCCUUCCUUCUCCCUUAAUUAGAUCGUUUUUCUUUCCUCGACUGGCUGCCCGUCUAAUUUGCCAGAGGGGUUCGUUUCGUGGUGACUUCAUCUCUGACAUGUGUGGCCUCUAAUUAUCUUCAUAACGAGGGUUUGAUUUAUGGAGGGAAGAAAUGGCGAAGGGAUACCAAUUAUUGAAUGAAGAUUCGUACCAAUUACGUCCAGAUUGGGGUUUAAUUUAUGGCCAUUUGUCGGGGCGGGUGCGUAACGCGGCCAAGUCGAAAUUUUUUUUGUUUAUCAUUACGUUUAAGUAGUUGUGUUUCUGUUUUUAGUGGCCAUAUUUUAGACGACCAACGUACUUCAAUAAUUCCACAGUGACAGGAUCGGCGCUUACCUUGCUGAGUAAUCACAGUAGUUCGGGUUCCUCAUCGCUUUUAUCGUCAAAUCCUUCUUCCGCCCAGAAUACAACAGCCCAGUGUUCUCAGAUACCAUCUCUCAAUCACGAACCCCUCACCUCGUCUACUCCUCCUUUAUCAGCCAGAUCCGCUGAUUCUCGAAAUCAGCCCGUUGCCUUCAACGAGGACAUGACGAAUCGAUUACGGAGACCUUUGUCGGCCAUUGGAAGUUUGAUGAGUGCCUCACAAUCAGCCGAAAAUGGAUCCCAGUCUUCUCAUGAAGAGCCGGGAGAUGUUUUGACGGCCGAGGGUCUCUCCAGGAACCUCAGGUUUAGCCCGUCGAAGUUUAGAAGGGUAAGUUUUUGGGUUAUUUUCGAGAAGAUAUUGUUUGAAACCAUUAUUUUUUUAUUCAUUUCAGUUAUUCCAACGAAAUGCCGGCUCUGAAUCCUCGGCCUCAGCCGAAGAGAAAUCCAACAAGAAGCAGUUGCAGCGAUCGUCGACGGUGGACGGAGGUGAGUGAUCAGCCGACGGUCCUCUCUUGUUUUCCAAGGGAUUCCGUCUUAAUCCGAGGGAUUAAACUCUUUUGGUUGUACUUUCAAAACGUUUUUCUUUUUCCUGUUGUUUAUUGUUGCUGGUGGUUGUGGUUUUGUAAGGUUGUUGGUAAUUUAGCAACCAAAGCGGAAGUAGUUCCUGCCUCGGAGUUGAACGGCUUCACUUCCUACAUCAAGGUGCCCGAUAUCAAUUCCAAUAACCUCAGUUCCCUGGAUCGGCAGCCAAGAAAACCUCAUAAAAGUCGUUCGGUGGAAUCGAUUGGAGAGAUUCAGAUGACUCCAAGGAUAGAACAAGUGGCCAAAGAUGAUGAGAAUCAGAAGCCAAUAGAAAGGGGGCGUCAAAGCAGAAUGAAAAGAUUCACCCAUCGCUGCAAAGAGUUGACUACCAAGGCCAGACGAAGAGGCCAUUCGAUGACUCCGAGGAUCAGUAAGUGGUGUUGUAACUCUAUUGUUAUCAUAUCUGAGGGAAUAUAAGAACAGUUUGUAGCCUUACUUUAGAUCUCAUUUCAGGAUCCCCCACAUCCUCGGCCCCUCAUUCACCUUCUGAUUUAUCGUACUCAUCUGAAUGCAAAAACGGUGAUGAUAUUCCUUCUUUCCUGAGGGCAUGCGUUCAACAUAUUGAGCGAGUAUGUUUGUUAAGAGUUGCUUUUACCUAGACUUUAUUUUAGUAUUAUUAUUUUUUGUUUUAGGUGGGAGGUCUGGAUACCGAAGGUCUUUAUCGGACUUCUGGAAAUCAAGCCGAGGCCAAUGAAGUGGAAGCGUAUUUUCGAAGGACGGGUCAAUUCAAAAGUGAUGUAGAACUUUCAAGUGCCGUUACCGCUCUCAAAAACUAUGUAAAUGCGUUUGCGGAACCAUUAAUCCCCACUCGUCUCCAUGAAGAGAUCAUCAACAUCUUCUCUGAUCGGGAUGAUGUGUACGACAGUAGACCUCUGGAGACCAAAUCAUUGGACCGAUUGCGUCGAUUGUUUGAAAGGGAACUUCCUCGAGUCAAUGCCCGGACCUUGAUGUUCUUAUGUGCCCAUUUAUGUCGGGUCGCGGAGAAUCGAGCACGGAAUCUGAUGCCCACAAGUAACCUGGCGCUGAUCUGGAGUGCCAGUAUCUUCCGUCCUGAGCUUACUUGUGUGAGUAAGAGCGCCUCACUGCUCGCCCGAUAUCAUGUGGCGUGUUAUUUCUGCAUCAAACAUCAUCACAUUCUGUUCUCUUUCCCUCCCUAA